CGUCAGUUUGUUUUGAGCAAUUGUUCGUGAUGUGAGUGUUUCUCGGUUGGAGUCCGUGUUUGUCGGUUGUCGCAAUCGGACCGGUUCUUUUUAUCUGGUAUCUUGGUAUCUUUGGCCUCUCGACUUCUGCUGCGAAUCGUUUUCAUUUGGAUUAAGUAAGUGCGCUUUUUUCCUCUGCCGGCAUAUAUUAUACACUUUGCAACACAAUGUUGCAGAACGCUAAUUUACGGCAAGUUUAGAAGAUUCGUUUUCGCGGUUUCGUUUAUGGAAUUCUGUUUGGAAACAAAAUAGAUUGAAGUAAAUUAAUUGCAAGUUUGGGAAAAUUAAAAUAAUAAGAUAUAAAGGGAAGUCAGUGGUUCGUUGUGAAAUUUCAAAGAUUGUUAAUGUUAAGGUGUUUUGUUUUUCGAUCCGGUUUCCUGUGAGUGUUCGAUUGGAUGUUGUCGGGAUGUUGCGCUUAUCUUUAUGACAAUAGAAGGCUAAAUUUAAAAAUUUAAGAUAUUUCGGUGAUACAGAGUCAGAUACUCAGAACAAGGUUUUGGUUUAUGGAUUAUUAGAAAGCAGUCAGAAUGCAGUCUAAGAUGGUUUGGAUUUUACCUGGAAUCGGAUGUCUACUAGCUGUUUUGGAUAUCAUAACUUGUGAAUCACGAUUCGUCACUUUACCGCAGAGUCAGACAGUGAUUGAAGGAGAUUCCGUAAUAUUUACGUGUCAUUCAACACCAGUAACAGGCCUAGAAUAUUCAUGGACACACAAUGGUCAUGUUCUUCAAAAUUCCACACGAGUUCAUCAAGUUGGCUCCAAUCUUCAUGUGAACAAUGUCAUCAAGGAUGUUGAUGCUGGAGAUUAUGUGUGUAUAGCGACGUGCAAUACGACUGGAGCGCGUCAAGCAUCACCACCUGCUACCCUGAAAAUAAUUUGGCUCACGUCGGCCUCUAUCCAGCUAGUAUCGAAACGCAAGGACGAGAUUAUCCUUAAGUGCAAUGUUGACGGUUCCGCAGACCAAGAAAUCGAAUGGUUUAGAAAUAGUGAACGACUCGAAAGCAUACACACGAUCCGUUUUGAUAAUAACCGACUCAUCAUACGCAACCCAUCCCCUUACGACAAUGGGGUGUAUCGCUGUGUUGUCUUCAACAGUGCAGGACGAAUAAUGAGCAAGAAAGGUUACAUCUUGAAGCUCACCGCUGAAGAAAGUUCCGACACAGGAAGUGAUUACUCAACCACGCGUGGUUGCAUCCCCCGGGCCUACUCAAAGAAACUAAUGAAAUCUUCUGAUAAAUCCAAAAUAUUCCUGUGUCGCGGAAAACGUGGAGACCGUUCCAACGAUAAUGCUUUCAAGCCACCAGAGCGAGUUGUCAUUGGCGAAGGCAAACCCGCCGAGCUUCCUUGCAAAUACACAAUUCCCUCAAAAUAUGAUUCGUCCAGGUUAGCCUUGCGAUGGCGAAAGGACGAUAAGGUAAUUCGUCAAAUUGAGUUAGGCACGACAACAACAACCACGUCAGAACCAAAGAUGGAGUCAAUGAUUCGGGAAGAUGCUCGAUUGACUGUGAAUGCACAAAAUGGCUCCUUACUUUUCACCUCAACAAUUGCUAGCGACGCUGGAAAUUAUGAUUGUGCUAUUAGCGAGAGAGGGGGAGGAUUUUCAACGUCAGAUAAAAUUGAAUUGAUUAUAAUCGAACAAUUGAAAUUUGUGCCUCGACCAACAUCGAAAAAUCUUGAAUUGGGUUCGAUGACGAAAAUUCAUUGUAAAGCUCAAGGAACACCACCCCCACAAGUGAAAUGGUUCAGUGGUAUCUCCGGUGACUUGCCAGAUUCAAUUGAAGAUAUCAAUGGAACGUUGACCUUUAAGAAUGUCUCAGCUGCCAACAAAGGAACCUACACAUGCAUUGCGUCCAAUUUGCAGGGAAGGAUUAAUGCCACUAUAGAAGUUGGGGUCGUGGUUGCCCCACGAUUUUCAGUUGCACCUCAAGGACCGAUAACCGCCCUCGAAAUGGGGACUUCCUACCUACACUGUCAGGCAACAGGUGAUCCAAAACCAACAAUUCGGUGGGAUAAAGACUCGCAGUAUCUAAGCGAUAAUAAUACUGACCAAGGUAGAUUCAAGUUCUUCGAGAAUGGGACUCUGCAGAUCCGAGAAGUUCAUCUGGAGGACGACGGGAAGUAUGGUUGCACAAUUGGUAACAGUGCUGGUUUGAAAAGAGAGGAGGUUCGGUUUAUAGUAAAACCGACAGAGGGUUUCGUGACAGAGGAAUCAAACGAUGGCUUCAUGAUAACACGGGCUGUAUUAAUCACGAUGUCUGUUGCGUUCGCCUACAUCAUACUUGUAGUAGGCUUGAUGCUUUGGUGUCGCUAUCGGCGUCAGGCUCGAAAGGCUCGAUUGAACUUGGCAGACAAGGAGAAUGGCGACGUUGGUGACCCGAACAAUAAAAAUGCUGAAAUCGAACCUUGCCUUCCUGAUAAAAGUGGCGAUGCAAACUCACGAAACAAAGUCAAAAAGGUGAACGGAAAUAAUAAUCCCAAAGGCAGUGGGACUGAAGCGCAAAAGAGCGACGAUACCAUAUCCAGUGUGAACUCGAAAGGCUCAAAGAAGUCAAACUCUUUUGAUCAACUAGCCCUGCCCCGAUCCAGCCUCAUAGAACUAGUACAGAUUGGUCGUAGUGACUUUGGAGACGUUUUCGUUGGGAAAAUAAAAUCAUCUGCAAUUAAAAUUACCGAGGCCAGCGAAAAGGACAAUGACGACAAAGUUCUGACUGAGAGUGAGGAGAGAAAGUCGAAAACUUCACUCGAUGAAAUUGAAGAAGUGAAAGAGGAAAAUUCAGAUGAGUACAAAAUGGUGCUGGUCAAGGCACUGAAUAAAGUGAAAGACGAAGCCGUUUGCAUGGAGUUUAAGAGGCAAAUCGAAAUGUUCCGAGCUAUUUCACAUAAGGGAGUCGUAAAACUGUAUGGCUUGUGCCGUGAUAAGGAUCCACAUUAUUUGAUACUGGAAUAUACAGACUGGGGCGAUUUAAAGCAAUUCCUCCUGGCCACUGCGGGCAAAACGGCAAAUCCCACCGGCAACAGUGGUACAAUUCCACCAUUAACCAUGAGACAGACACUGGCUUUAGCUUACCAGAUUGCCAGGGGCAUGGAUGCACUAUAUCGAGCACGAUAUAUUCACAAGGAUUUGGCUGCACGAAAUUGUAUAAUUUCAAGUGACUUCGUCGUCAAAGUUUCAUAUCCAGCCCUUUGCAAAGAUAAAUACAGUCGAGAAUAUUUCAAGCAUCGAAACACAUUACUUCCAAUUCGAUGGCUUGCACCCGAAUGUCUGCAGGAAGAUGAAUACACAACGAAAAGUGAUAUUUAUUCAUUCGCCGUUGUUGUAUGGGAAUUAUUUACGCAAGCACAGAAAUUGCCAUUCGAGGAUGUAAGCAAUGAGGACUUCAUUCAACGACUUCAAGCAGGACAAAUUGAAUGGAGUUGUGCGGAGAAUACGCCGAACGAUUUAAAGGAGAUUUUGACAUCAUGCUGGAACGAACGUCCAAAAGAGCGACCAAGCUUUAGCCAACUGUGUACAGCUUUCAGUAAAUCAAUGAAAACUGCAAGUGAUAAUUAAACAUUUUUCGCAUGAAACGAUUUAGUUUUAAGGAUGCCUAAUACCAACGAAAUCAUUUUCAAUAGACAAUUGACACUUUUCCUCACAGAAAUUAAUUACUUGAUAUAAUCUUUCCACGACUCAAUUACCGACCGUUUACAUCCAACCGAUUGACCGCUCAAGGGCGGGGCAAGGAGAUGAAUUGUAAAUGAAUAAAUAUAUAUUCCCAAUGUUUUGAAAUUCGGCGCUCCUAUUAACGAAGGAUUCAAAUUAUAAAAAAUACCUUAAAGUACAUUUAUAAAUGCUUCCCGCCUUUCCAUGACAUUUAAAGUUUCUCGUAAAUCUCUUUCUUAAGACUGUUGUACAUCUAAAAAUUAUAUAGAGUUCUAAGGAUUUCUCCAGCACUGCCAUCAUUUUCAUUGGGAAUAGCUCUUCCAUUUGUUUCUUUCGCAAACUUCCAGAACAAAAGUAAAACCAGAAAAAGAGUGUACUUCACCAACAAAGAACAAAGUUCUUUCAAAAAAACAAAGUUUUACUUUACCGAGAAAGUAUCAAUUCAUAAUAAAUAUAAUUAAGUAAAAGUCUAUUGAUUUUUGGUAGUAAAUAAUUGUAUAAUUAAGAUAAAAACAAACCGAGAGAGUAAGGCUAUAAAUAAAAACAAAACAAGAACAACAAAUUAUGAUAUGCAUUUUUUCAAUAUCACAAAUAUUAUUUUCGAGGCAUUUUCUAAAUGAUAUGCAAUGUAAAAACAUUUUUCAUUAUAAGGUUAUGCAUUUUAUGAUAAAUUAAGUUAAUGAUUUUUAAAAUGUAUUUUUAAAUUACUAUUUAUUUUAUAAAUAGAGUAUUUUCAACUAUAUAUUAUAUAUAAAUCUCGAUUUAAAAUUGAAAUGAAUCUUAAAAAGGUCGAUAUUAAUGUAAUUUUUAAGACAGAUGAAUCUAGACUUCUGCGAAAUAAAUGCAAGAGUGCGAGAUGAAAAGUUAAAUAUAAGCAAACAAAAAAAAAACACAAAAAACAUUUCUAUCGAAUGUUAGAUAUUUGUCAAAUAAUUUUUUCGUAACUGGAUCAGUCAUAGUACUAAAGAUAACAAAUUAACAAUCCGAAAACUUCCAAAGAAAGUCUUCGUAAAUAAAGGAAAUUAUUGGCUUAGCUCGUUUUUAAAUAAAAAACAUAAGCCCAACUUCUUUGUUUCUUCAAAUGGAUAUUCUUAUCUGAAACAGUUCGAUAAAAUUUAUUUAUAUUUUUUUUUAUAUUUUUUUUCGAUCAAAAUAAAAUGAAAAAUUGAACUAAAUUUAUUAAUCGUGAAAAAAUAAAUCUGUUUAUAUUCUAGUCAGAAAGAAUUAUUGAAUUAUUCGAUGCUAAAUAGAAAAAUAAGAAAGAAUAAAAUGAAAAUCAGAAGAAACAGAUGAGGAAAUUUUGUUAACAUUUAAUGGUGAAUAAGAUCUUAAAUGCAAAUAGAAUCUUUUAAGUGUAGAUGAAGAAAAGAAAUAACAACAUCAAAUAAUUUUCUUUAGUUUUUUUCUAAAGAAAAUCAUUUUUACUUUUGUAUGUUAAGAUGCAAUAAAAAUUUAAAGAAAUUAAUU